AUGUCGGCCUCCACCACAUCCCCCGAGGUCCAGAAGAAGAGACUCCUACGUCUGACCAUUGCCCACUACCGCAAUGAGAACUGCAGCGAGAAGGACAUGUACGAGUGGGGUACCAAGGAGCACGCUGUCCACGCUGCUGCUGUCCACGCCAGACACGGUAUCGAGGGCUACGCUGUCCACUGGUCUCCGUCCUCGUUCCGCACCGCCGCCAAGACCCUGAAUGCCAGCCUGGGUGACCGCUGGGUGGUCCGCGACCAGGACAUGUGGGUCGAGUUCUGGUUCCGCGACAUGGAGCAGCUCUCUGCCACUGCGCAGGACCCUGACUUCCAGAAGCUCCAGGCUGCUGAGGGCCCGUAUGCCAGCAAGAUCCACGUCGAAGCUAGUCUCGGCUGGGUAGAGCAGUACGUUGCCGAUGGCAAGGUGGUCAAUGUCACAGCAGAUGGCAAGCCCGACUUCCUGAGCUUUGAGGAGAUGAGCGCUCCCCCGUUGUAA